GUGUGUACAGGGUUACUAUGGUGCAACACCUGAGCUACGACACAUCGUCACGACAACAGAGGAGGACCUUUUCCUGCACAGGUAACCUCAUAAACAACUUCACCCGCUCCAGAAAACAAUCUGUUUGCAAACGCACACAGAAGUUCACUUCUCUUCUCUGAACGAGGUGCUCUGCUGUAGCCAUGCCCAGUAAACUGGAGGGAGCCAUGGAUGCGCUCAUCACAGUCUUCCACAACUACUCGGGAAGCGAGGGAGACAAAUACAAGCUCAGUAAAGGAGAGUUGAAGGAUCUUCUAAACAGCGAACUCACCGACUUCCUCACGUCUCAGAAGGACCCAAUGCUGGUUGAAAAGAUCAUGAACGAUCUGGACUCCAACAAGGAUAACGAAGUCGACUUUAACGAGUUUGUCGUGCUGGUGGCGGCGCUGACGGUUGCGUGCAAUGACUUCUUCCAGGAACAACAGAAGAAGAAAGGCAAAUGAAACGGAUGCAUGAAAGUCCCUGCAUGUGUCACUCAUGCUCUAUGAUGCAUUAAACCAUUUGUCAUAAACCAUUUUAUCAGUCCUCUUGUACUUCUAUUAGCAGCUGUCAUUUCACUGAUUUAUUUGAACAUUAAAUAAAACUUUUUAUAUAAAUUUCAUAUUCUACAGGCAAACCAUAAUAAUAGUUGUGAUAGUGUGGAGACAUCUCUGUGAGCGCUGCUACUAUGUCAGCCUUUUUUGAUUUGUUAAAUUAUUAAAGUCACCAUGAAAUCAA